AUGGAAAAGCCUGCUCGCUACAAAGCAAAAAGUAAAAAACCAGCCGCUAAACCAAAAACGGCAAAGAAGCGUAAAAGUGACGGACCCACUUGCUCUAUGUUUUUGGCUGAAUUAACCAGAAAGCUGGCGUCUAAAAAGAAACAAGAAGAAGAAUCGCCAAAAAAUAUUGUUCAAACGAUAAUAGAUAGCAUAACAAAUGCCUUACCGGUCAAGCUUUCAAGAAAAUCUCCACCGAAGUGUCCAUCGCCUAUGAAAAUUGAGACAUUACAAACAUUUGCACCAGAAUUAAUACCCAAUGACACAUUAAACAUCCCUGCUCCCACAACCGCAGCCAGCAACAUCGAAGAUGCUCCUAUGGAUGAUAUAGAAAUCCUCAGUCCACCAAAAACUGGAUCGUUUAAAAUGCCCAAAAUGCCAUUAGUUAAUAGCGAUUUAUUAAAACAAUCAGCAGAAAAGAAAAGGAAAGCUCAAACGCAAGACCAAGCAGUUAAUACAGGAACAGAUCAUGAUGUUGCGUCAGAAAUAGCUAAACAUGUUGGCACGUUAAGAAAAAUCUCGUUGAUAGCUGAAGAGUUCAACCAAAAAACUGCGAAAAAUUUAAAAGAAAUAGUCGAUAGUGUCCAAGAGGAUUUGAUUAAGAAACUAGAAGAGAUACAAGCAGAACAGAAAGCCCAUUCUGAGAGAACAUUUUUCAUCAAUGAAGAUGAGAGCAUUGAGGACGAUGAUACUACUACUGGCGACUAA